AAUGUCAUUACGGCAAAUUUAGCUGCUAAUGGGUUUACAGUUCAGUUUAGCGUUAAGAACGUUCUGAAUAUUCUUAAUUGUAAUGACAUUUUUUAUUUAUCUUAAAAAGAACUGAAGAUGUUUCUUUAAGUUUGUUGUUGGCACCCGCCGCCCAACACUGUCAUUAUGAUGAGGUGGCAUUUGGCACCAACCCAAAGCUGUUAUUUUGCCCUGAUAUAAUUUCAGUGUUUUCUGUGCCAAACUUCCGAAAAAUGACCUGGCAUAAAUAAUAAAGUUCAAGAAGACUCUCCUGCUCUGAAGGCUGGUCUGGAGCCUUUCUUUGACUUCAUUCUCUCGAUAGGGAACACCAGACUUAAUAAGGAGAACGACUUGCUGAGAGAUCUGCUGAAGGCCAAUAUGGAGAAGGCAGUCAGGCUUGAAGUGUACAACUCCAAAACCCAGCGGGUGAGGGAGCUGGAGGUGACACCCAGUAACAUGUGGGGUGGUCAGGGGUUGCUGGGCGCCAGCGUUCGCUUCUGCAGCUUUGAAGGAGUCAACGAGAAUGUGUGGCACGUGUUGGAUGUGGAGGAGAAUUCCCCUGCAGCACUCGCUGGCCUUAUUCCACAUGACGACUUUAUUGUUGGGGCUGACCAAGUGUUACAAGAUUCUGAAGAUUUCUUCUCCUUAAUUGAAGCCAAUGAGGGGAAGCCUUUGAAGCUCUUAGUUUAUAACACGCAGACCGAACAGUGCAGGGAGAUUGUAGUGACCCCUAACGGAGCCUGGGGAGGAGAAGGAAGCUUGGGCUGUGGGAUUGGCUACGGCUACCUGCACAGAAUCCCGUCUCAUCCAGUUCACCCAAAUGUCCAGAACAGAAAUGUUCCUCAACCAGCAGAUACAAGCACCAGAGAAGUGGAGAUUUCAUCUGGUCAGAGUGAGGUGCCUCUACUGAGUGAAAAUAGCCCAACUAAUGAAGCAGGUUUAACUGAAACUGAGGGAGUUAUGCUCGAUUGGAGCAAAAUCUCACUUCCAAAGGAGUCUGCAGACAUUGAUGCCUCCAUCUCUCCUGGAGCCAUAAUCUCAGAUUUAUCCGAAGCUGUUCCCACCAAUGACGAAGGCCACAGCUCUAUGGUUGCUAAUUAUGGAGAUGACAUGCGUGACCAAUGCAGCUUGGAUGAUUCCAGGUUUGACCAAAAGCUUUUAUCUCAAGAGAGGGAGGAAGAAGAAGACACUCAUCAAGCACUGCAAGAGAGUGUUGCAAAUCUUAGCGGCAGUCCCAGAGAGGAUGAAGCGGAUGCUGCUGCCCUCAACGACGCCACAGAGAGCGUGGGGAUCAUCCCAGAGAUGCAGAAUCCUAACCCGGAAGUUUUCAGCUCAGGCCAUCACUUAGAGCAGGAGAUGACUGAGCCUGAUACAUGAGGCAGUUAAAUAGCUGCAGCAGCAAAGGGAAUGGUGCAGAAAGAGGAUUAAGAGCACACGGUGAUGGAGAAGUGCUACUUUUUUUAAAAAUUAUUAUUUUAAACUCUUAUCACUGGACCUGUUUUUAAGUUGAAACGCCUUUUAUUUCUACCAGUGCCACUGUUGCAUGCUGCAUUGCACAUUAAAAAAAGAGAAAAAGAUUGUAUCGACUGUUAAGAAUUACAGAGUCGGUAAAGCAUCGUGAAUGUACUUCCCUUUGUUUUAAGAUUUCACUAAAUGAAGCCUUAGUUGAGUUGGUGCAAAAAAGCUGACUUGUAUGCAUAAGAAGAAGGCCGGGAUUUUUAUUUUUGGCAUUAUGGAAUGCGGGUUUUAUUUUUUCAUUAGGGAGGAUCAAGUGUGAAAAUUAUUUUUUUUUUUAUUCUCAGGCAUUUACUGUUUGAUACUUUCUGCCUUCAAGUGCUUACAUCAAAGUUUUGAUUGGUGUAAAUGAGUGAAACGUGGGAUGCUGCUCCUGUUUUUCUGGAUGUUUUUAUGUCAAAUUAUGUUUCAAGCUUUAUUUAUAUUAAAAAAAUAAUUAUUUAAAAAAUGGAA